AUUUACCAACCUGUCUACUAAACUCGUAGUAACCUAGGUAAAAUGCCAGAAUAUUUCGUAGCCUCAGUAGAGGCAGAAAACAAGCGCCUAGAACAGGCGUCUUCUGUGGUUAGGGCUUAUAUGGACGGCAAUUUAUUUCUCGCCCCUAUCGACAUGACACGUAGGAACUUGAAAGUACUCGAUAGCGCUACAAAUAACGGUUUCUGGUUGUCGCAAUUCCAAGCUUAUCUCAAAGACCCAGACUCAGCUACACUGGUGGGGACCGACCUCCAGGAUCGCUUUCCGAAUCCACCACGACCAGGAAUCCACUUGCAAAUCCAAGACAUCAACAAGCCGUGGCCGGAGUCGUGGAAGUCAACAUUUGACUACGUGCACCAAGCCCUGGUGUUAUUCCAGGCAGGCCCCAGGCAGCGCAAGGCUGUUCACUCUCUCGCAGAGCUCGUCAAGCCCGGAGGCUGGAUCGAGCUCAUGGAACCUCAGUAUGACACAACUAAUGAGGAUAACGGGCCGGCCUUUCAGCACUUCCUCGACAUGGUGGGUGAGCUAUGGGCUAUGAGAGGCACAACAAGCGAUUUUGCCGCCGACUUAGAGGGUACGAUCAAAGAUGCUGGGUUUGUGGACGUCAAAAGCGUGCUGCUACCUAUCGGCAUAGGUCCCAAGCAUAAAAUUCCAGAACUAGCCGAUAUAAGCGUGGAAAGCACCGUAGGCGGCGGUAAGAAUAUCUCUAUUGCUUUAAGGGUAGUGUACGGAAGAAAACCUGAGUAUUAAUUUGAUUCGGGAAAUAUCAGCGUAUUAACCAAGUAUGCGGUGUAUUUCUUGAAAGUGUAGCCCCUUUUCUGGCAGACACAGUAUGUGGCCGCACAUGUAGCUAAAGAGGGAAAAAAACUAAUACUUGAAGGUAAAGGAUUAUUUCGGUUAACUCUAAGCGCCCCUGUUUCCCUUUCUUUUGAUAGGUAGCUUUACCUCGUAAAAGCAUUCAGCAAUAUAUAUCUCGUUUCUUGC